UCUGCUCAUGCACGCUCUCCGGUGGCAGUAUCGAGAACGAUUAAUCUCGCGGGGCAAGUCAGCUGAUCUAUCCUCAUUCCUGUCUGCUUUUCUAUACAGCGAAAAUGUCGGGAAAAGACAGACUUCCAAUUUUCCCCUCUCGGGGCGCCCAAAUGUUGAUGAAGUCCAGACUCCAGGGAGCCACCAAGGGCCAUGGUUUACUCAAGAAAAAAGCGGAUGCUUUGCAAAUGCGUUUCAGGAUGAUUCUGGGAAAGAUCAUAGAGACUAAAACUCUCAUGGGUGAAGUAAUGAAGGAAGCUGCUUUCUCCCUGGCCGAAGCAAAGUUUGCAACCGGCGACUUCAACCAAGUUGUUCUGCAAAAUGUGACAAAAGCGCAGAUAAAGAUUCGCUCGAAGAAGGAUAACGUAGCUGGUGUUAAUUUGCCAGUUUUUGAGUCCUAUCAGGAUGGUACGGACACUUACGAGUUAGCUGGUUUGGCAAGAGGAGGACAACAGCUCGCAAAGCUGAAGAAAAAUUAUCAGAGCGGCGUCAAAUUGCUGGUCGUCUUGGCAUCAUUGCAAACGAGCUUCGUUACACUCGACGAGGUCAUCAAAAUCACGAAUCGUCGUGUUAACGCUAUUGAACACGUUAUCAUUCCUCGAAUCGAAAAAACUCUUGCGUACAUCAUAUCUGAACUCGAUGAACUCGAAAGAGAAGAGUUUUAUCGCUUGAAGAAGAUUCAGGAUAAGAAGAAGGCGGUUAAAGCUAAGGCUGAAGCCAUUCGUCAGGAGAUGAUUGCAGCUGGUAAAGACGUCCAUGCGGCGAGUAUGUUGGACGAAGGAGAUGAAGACCUUCUCUUCUAAGCGACUGCUUUGUUGAUCGAAAAAGUCGUCACAUUCGCGCAUUCGAAAUGUUCGACGGAGAAAGUUAAGAACAGAAAAAAGCGUACGUUCCGGGGGAUAAAUGAACGGUCAAAAAGCCGUUGUUCAGAAAUCGAGGUUUGGCAAAAAAAGGAAAAAAAAUGAAAAAGAAUGAGUCUCUGAGUUAAAAGGCGAGAAAGCUCCCACGCCUUUUUGGACACAGACUCAUAGGAGCAUUAUUAAUUGAAGCGAAGAGCACACAUUUUGUACAGCCAAUUUCUGUUAAAUUUAUCGGCCAACCAGCUCAGUCGUAAAAUUAUAUAGUAUUGAAUCGCGUAUUUCUGCUCGAUAAAGAAUCGUUAAAUGGGAUUUCAUGAAAACAAUACAAAAACAAAAAACGAAAGAAGUCUUCAACUUUAGAUGUUAAAAAAAAUGUAAAUAGUGACGAUUCCAAAUAUUCUCGGUUCCAUGUGAUUCUGAGGGUACAACAUCUCAGCUGCUCGUUUCCACAAUAAAUAAUUCGUUGUUAUUAUUUUUCUUUUUUACGAGAGGAAAAUAACUUUGAGUAUUCCAAUCCUGUCGUCUGUCGCUCGUUCGUGAUGUUUGUAGGUAUUGAGAAAACAAAAAAUAUAUAUACAUAUAUUUAAUAUUAUCUCGCGUUACAUCCUUCGACUUGCCUAUUAUAUUAUAUCUUUAAACAAUACUGUAUCAUUCAUAAAGUUAACCGAAAGAAAUGUCUUGUAAGAUAUAAUGAUAGGUAUUAAUGAAAUAAUAAAUCCAGAUAUUCGAAAA